CGAGCCCGACAAUCUGACGGUUGUUAGCGAUCGGCGACGUUGGCAAGGAGAACAUCAGCCGCUGGAUGGUAAGAGCUUCGUUGUAAAGCCUCGCUCUCCAGUUUCUUCCUCUUUGGUUCUCUGAGAUUCGUGCUCCCGCGGAUCUCGUUCGUUCUCCUUCUCCGAUCCGAGCUUCAACAACAGACUGCUGCUGAAAGCGCAGAGGAGGGAAAAGCUGCCAUCGGAGCUAUAUCGUCUGAGCCGAUUCCUUCUUGUUUUCCGGUGAGAAUUUCUCUGACCCUCUCUCUCAAAAAGGGUUUCCCCCCCCCCCCCCCCCCCCCCCCCCAGCUCCAUUCAAGUGAAAACCGCUGCUUCUUUUGAAUCAUUCCCAAUCGGAGAAUCGUCCCUCCGCCGGCGGCUAAUCAGUUAGAUAAUCUAUUUAGCUUUCUGGGUACAUGCCCAAUGCAAUCGAGCUCGACCCCGAGGGAAUUUACCGAAACCAUUUUAGUUUGUGGCGAUGCGUUGAGUGUUGAUUUGCUAUGCUUUUGAUCUUAUCGAACUGGAGCAGUCUUGUGUUCUAAUUGCUUAAGUAAUCAUAAUUUCAUAUAGCCGAUUGGUGAGUCCAGUGGUAAUUGAUAGUGGGUCUCAUUCAGCUUUGUGUAAUUGAUAUUGUAUCAUUCUUCUUAUGAGGUGCAGGAAGAAUAAGAGGGAAAAGAAGAUGGGAUUUUGGACAUUCAUGGAAGGAUUGCUGCUACUGGCAAACGCGAUGGCGAUUCUGAACGAGGAUAGAUUUCUUGCCCCAAGGGGAUGGACGCUUGCAGAGCUUCAAGCUGGGAGAAGAAGUUCACUCAAGGGCCAGAUAAUUGGACUCAUUCAUGCUUGCCAGUUCAUGAGAUUGCCGCUUAUCAUCCUCAACAUCCUCAUCAUCGUAAUCAAGCUUGUUUCUGGUUAAGAGAUAUUGCAGAGUUAUGUGUUUGAGUGUUGAUCAAUCUUGCAGACUGUAACUUUCUCUGCACCUUACUGAGACUAUGUUCCUUGGCUUGUGAAUUGUGAUAUAGCUGCGUGAGCUUUAUUGGGUAGAGGACAUUAUUAUUAUCAACCACAUAUAGCUAGCUUGGUCAUCAAUUAGAGACUAGAGAAACUCUUGAAUGAAGCUAUUUGAUUGUU